GUCAAAAUCUCUGCACCUUCCUCCCGCUUCUCUUCUUCUUAUUAAUCCUUUUCCCUGCUCCGUCUACCUUUUGUGUUCUUCUUCUCGCUUCCUCCUCCUCUGCUCGUACCCACAUCUCUCAGAAACUGAAGGGAAAUUGAAAGCAUCUGGAUCAAUCACAGAUGGGUUCUUCCAAGGAAGAGAGAUUCACGAAGAUAUUAAGGGGUUUCAAGACUCUGUUCUUCCUGAUCACCAUGAUCAUAUCGCUUUUGCUCUUCUCGGCUCCGCUUUUUCUUGUUCUCGCCGAUGCGCUUCUUCCUUCGGCUCUACUCUCUGCACUCUCGCCUUCUUCUCUCUCUCUGGAAACUCUAUCUUCCCACCUCAGAAACUACGAUUUCCGAUACUCCCUCAUCGAUAUUCCCCUCGUGUCCAUCAUAAGAUCCGUUGUCAUCUUCUGUGUUUAUAGUUUCUGCGAUGGGCCAAGGCUUUCGCGGGGGCCCUAUUUGGGGAUAACGACGAUGUGCUCUAUUUCGUCUUUGAUUUUUGUGUCUAUGAAAGCUGUUUAUGUUUUCAGCCUCCCAGAUUCGUAUCGAGGAGGAAGCCAUGUGAGAGCCUUCGAAAUAGCUCUGUUCGUGUGUUCGUGUGCUUUGGCUAUUGGGCAUAUCGCCGUAGCUUACAGAACAAGUUGCCGAGAAAGACGAAAGCUUCUGGUGUACAAAAUUGACGUUGAAGCUAUUUCAGCUUGCAAGAGAUACCCCAAGAUUCUUAAAGAAGAACGAAUCAACUGAACCCACCCAACCUCAUGAAAUAUAUUAGAGUGUAAAUAUCAGUUAUAUAUAGAGAGAGAGAGAGAGAGAUUUUGAACUUAUAGCUUCAACUUGUCACGUUGUCUUCUUCAGUGCUUCAGGGGAUGAUCAGAUUUGUCCGAAGGAUCUCUGAGUCAUCACCUUGGCACUGAAGAACAAAAGCUAACACUAAAAUUACAGAGUAAAGAGUCACAGAAGAAUUGUCCAGAGUCGCUGAAGUUAAGUUGCACGUUGGUGAUUGAGUGAAAUGUAAAUACUAUAGAACUCCACAGUUCUUUUUUUGUUUUGUUUUUUUUUUAAAUUUUCAUAUAUUGUAUAUCAGAGAGAAAUGGCACCCCUGCUCAAAGAGUCAGCUUAUCAAGUUGUAAUUUGGGAUCAUGGUGGAUUCCCUCAAGCAGAACAAUGAUCAAGUGGGUGAAGUGGCAGUGUUGGUUAAAUAUUAUUUUAUUUUUAAAAUAAA